UUUACUGGUUGCCUCGAGACAAAGUCAAACAGGGCGGCUAUCCAAAGCACCCCUUUGCCCUUCCCCCCCACUCCAAGGAAGGAUCAAUAAUCCACCAGACCUUGGUUCCUAGCAAGUUCUUAAGGCCACUACCUUUUGUUGUAUAUAGCCAAGGCAAAUCUGCAUCUCGCCCUUCCCAAGCUGGCUUCUUAUCUUAAAAUUUUCGUUUUACAUAUAAGACCUACACUAAUUUUGUUACAAGAAAGCAUGGAAGAAAACUGUCCUGUUCAAUUAGAUGCAAGCAAAGGCAAGGAUGAAUGUUCCGAUCUGUCUCUUCGGCUAUUGGAUCUUUCAGACAUAGAUGAUUUCAUGGUCUGGGCUACUGAUGAGAAAGUGGCUCGUUUCUGCACUUGGGAGCCUUACACAAACAAAGAGGAUGGCUUAAACUUCAUCAGAAACACAGUUCUACCUCACCCUUGGUUCAGGGCAAUAUGCCUUGACAACAGACCGAUUGGUGCCAUUUCAGUCAUAGCAAAUUCAGGCAAUGAUAAAUGCAGGGGUGAACUUGGCUAUGUUUUGGCAUCCAAGUACUGGGGCAAAGGGAUUGCAACAAGAGCUGUGAAAAUGGUGGCCAAGACCAUAUUUGUGGAAUGGCCUCAUUUGGAGAGACUUGAAGCUCUGGUUGAUGUAGAAAAUGUGGGGUCUCAAAGGGUGCUGGAGAAAGCUGGGUUUCAAAAGGAAGGAGUUUUAAGGAAGUAUUUCAUCCGAAAGGGAAGAACUAGAGACAUGGUUAUGUUCAGCCUUGUCUCUACUGAUCCUCAAAUUUGAUGAAUUGUUUCCUGAUUAUUGUAAAUAAAUUUGUAGGCCAAGUUAGACAAGCUGCCCCUGCCUAUGGCAAAACAUUUCAGGUUUCAACCAAUUGUAUGAAAUAAUUAAAAUCCUUAGAGGAAAAGGGAUGUUAAGAUAGUCAUAGCUACACGAAAUAAGAUAGUUGUCACUAUAUUUCUCUAUUAUUAAUUUAUUAUCUUUAUUUGAAUAA